CAAUGGAUCCGGAAUUCGAGAGUUCGACAGGAGAAAGCAAAAUCCUUUCCCUUUGCUGGAGCUCCGGAAUCCUAGCUGCAGCCUACUACGAUAUUGAUCAGUUGGAAAUUUGUGCUAUUCAGCAGGCAGCAGAACCACGCCCCCAGUAUGCUUUGCUCAAGAACCUUGUUCGUCAGUACGGUCCUUUGUUCUGUCUGAUAAGCGGAUCGAAGCAUUUCUUAGACGACAUUCCAGAGUUGUUAGAGCUGCCGGAAGGCACGAGAAUGAAACAUUUCAAUGCUGGAAAGAUUGAACCUUCCGAGAAGGCGCGCAUCUGUGACUUUGGACCUAACGCGCUUAAGGCCAGUAUUGCGAAAGUACUUGCUACAAACCUUCCGGGAAUGCCGGCACAGGCUUCCGAUAACGAUCGCCGAAUGUUCAUAGAAAGUGUUCUUCCGUUUGAUCAGGAAUUGCUGGUUCAUGCGGUUGGAUGUUUGCUUACACUGCUGGAUCGCAUCGCAUCGGAAGACAAUUGCCCCGUGGUGACAAGGAUCAAUAUCGUAACACCUAGUUCGCAAAUGAUCAUCGAUGAGCUUACGUUCCAAGCGUUACAGAUAUUCAAUUCACGAUUGCAUCCCUCGGGAUUCAAAAGAUUUCUGGGUAGCAGUUCGUGUUCACUGUACGAUUUGCUCAACAGAUGCUCGUCCAAAAUCGGAAGGGAGGAGUUGAAAGUGACGAUGCAACAACCUGUGCGCGAUCUGCGUGAACUUAACCAACGUUUGAAUACGGUUCAAUGGCUCAGUAAACCAUGCAAUUCAGGGGUUGUACGGGAAAUGAGAGAUUUAAUAGGAAACUUGUCAAAAAUUCAAAUGUCAUACAGGAAGAUUGUCACAAAAGUGGCAAAAAAUAGUGAUUGGAAAUCAUUCAAGAAAAAUGUUUACUACGCUUAUUUGCUGUGCAAACUUUGCAAGCUCUGUUUCUCAUCCGAUGAAGCUUUUCUUCAUGAAGGACCCAUUGAGGAGCUUUUUAAGUUUGUCGCAGAACCCAACAAUACUCUCAAACAACUGCUCUUUUCCGUGGAUAAAAUAAUUGAUUUGGAAAAAGGUGAACAAGACAACAAAUUCACUGUUAAAAGGGGGGUCGACCAGGAGCUCGAUCGUAUGCGGAGCAGCAUUGAUGAAACUCAAAUGGCCUUACUGGAAAGUUCCCGUUUAGACUUAGAACAUCUCCCCAUCGAUGUUGAUGAUCUUUAUGUGACGUAUCUCCCCAGCUAUGGAUUUGUAUUUAGUACCAAUUAUAUCGACGAUUUGAGGCAGCCUGGAAUUCUGGAGCAAUCUGCGAUGGACUUAGUUCUUCAAUCAGACACUACUAUAUACUUCCAGAAUAAUGUUUGUAGAGAACUCAAUAUCCAGUACAGUGAUAUUUUGGCAGCUAUAAAUAAUCGUGAACUUGCGAUCCAUGACAAAUUGGUAAAUUACAUCAAUCAAGUGAUGCCCGAGCUACUGAUGGUUCUGAAAUUCAUCGCUAAACUGGAUGUUCUUCUGGCCUUCGCUUCGGUAGCCGAAAGCCAAAGCUACGUACGCCCGAAGGUAAUUGAUGAAAAAAUCUUGCAGAUCAAGCAGGGCAGGCAUCCGCUACUGGAGCAAUUUAAAACAUACCGUCCAAACGAUACUGACAUCACUUCUCAAAUUGAAAAGUUUGUGAACAUUUAUGCGUCAAAUAAAUCCACUGGAAAGACAAUUUACCUGAAGGAGAUAGCACUAAUUUGCUACUUGGCACAUAUUGGUUGUUUUGUCCCUGCAGAGUCCGCCACGAUUGGCUUGUUGGAUUCAAUUUACACCCGUCUCGAUUACCCUGAAUCUAUUUUCAGUGGAAAAUCUUCGUUUAUGGGCGAACUCUACCAAAUGUCCAAUAUUUUAUUGAACACUACGUCGAAAUCCCUAGUUCUGAUCGAUGAAUUCGGAAAGGGUACAACCUAUUCUGAAGGAAAGGCUUUACUUAUCGCCAGCAUCGACCAUUUGCUUCAGAAGACCCAUCAAGCUCCCAUAGCUAUCGUGGCAACUCAGUUCAAUUCCAUAGCAAAUUAUUUGGACGAAAACCAAUUUCUACGAGUUUACACUACUCAACCGAACGAAUGCACUAAAACAAAUAAUAAUUCAAACACAGAUUUCCACCCAGAAAACCUCUGUCAAGAUCUCUUCAACACAGUCACGCAAACGAUAACGCUAACCCUCAUCAAGAAGUUCGUAUGCGGUGAGGUCGCCGAACCUGCAGCGGUUGCCGAACUAUACAAAUCCGUACCUUUUUGUUCCGAAGGUCAAGUCGAAUCCCGCCCCUCUUCGUCAGGAUUGGCGAAAAUCAGUUGCUCUGAUAAAUCUUUCAAAUUCUAACCUCAUACGCAGAUUACUUAUUCACA